UAUGGAGAAGGUCGAUAGAAAGGAUUCUUCGAGAAAUAAAAAAUUUGUUCAUCAAAGAAAAUUUAAUAAAGCAAAGCGAGAGGAUGAAGCUGACGACAAAAGUGAAUCAGAUAUCUCGAAACGAAAAGAUUAUGUAAGUGCUUAUAAACGUGCUCAACAAAAUUAUAAAAAAUUACGAGAAGAAAGAAAAAACGAAAUUGAACGUCAAAAGAUUGAGCAAGAAAAGAAGAGGGAAAAAGCUAAAUUUGAAAAAGAGUGGCGUAGAAAGUAA